GAUAGCGUAAAAGACCCAAAUUUCGAAAUCAAUUGUAAUAAUAAAAGUUCAAGCUCAGAUAGUAGCUCUAGUCGUCUAACAGCAAGAAAGCGUAUUAGACGAGAUUCCCAUUUGUCGGCUAUGGAACAGAAGCAACAACCGCAACCUUUAGCAAAUAUUGAAACUCCUGGGCAAUCCGGAUGCAUGAUAGAAAAUGAUGAUCAGAUUCCAUCUACGUCUAAAGGUAUACUGCAGCGUAGGAUGUCUUUAUCCUCCAAUUCAUCUUCAUCGACUUCCGAUAGUAGCAGUUCUAGUUCUAGUAGCAGUGGCAACAGUAGCAGUUCUAGUUCCAAUUUAUCCAAUUCCAAUGAGGUAUUUGCCUCUUUGCCUAGUGAACAAGAAAACGUCGAAAAUGAAGUUUCUGAGCUGGCUAAGAGUCCCAUACCUAAAUAUACUAAAAAACGUAAAUCCUGCGUUGACGAAUGGUUGACAAAUAAGGCAAAAACAAUGAGAAAUACCGGAAAGCCUUACACUUCUCGUUCUAAGACAAGAAAAAAUAUUCCUGCAAGAUGUUUAAAACCUCCGUGUGGUGAAAAAUGCAAAUUAGAGUGUACUAAAAAAAUAACGGAUGCCAUGAGAACUAAAAUAUUUGAUUGUUACUGGCAAUUAGGAGACUUGGCUCUACAGCGCAAUUUUAUACAUAAGCAUAUUAAACCGAUCAUCCCUGCAUUCAGAUUUUUCGGUAAAGCUCAGCCCAGAAAAGUUAACCACAGUUUUUAUUUUGAAGUUGAUGGACAAACUAUUCGAGUAUGCAAAACUUUUUUCAGAGCAACAUUAGAUAUUAAUGAUCGUGUUAUAAGAACUGUGAUUGCCAAGUCUGAAGAUGGUUUCUUGAAACAAGAUAUGAGAGGUAAGCAUUGUAACCAUAAAAAAGUUGCGGAGUCUAUUCGACAGGGUAUAAGACGACACAUCGAAUCAAUACCACGUAUGGAAUCCCAUUACAUACGAAAAGAUUCAUCUAGGGAAUAUAUUGAUGGAGGAAAAUCACUUAGUGAUCUUUACAGAGAUUAUAAAUCCCUUUGCGAAUCGAAUGACGAGCCAUAUGCAAACGAAACUUUAUAUUCAAGGAUAUUUAACGGAGAAUACAAUAUCAGUUUUUUUAAGCCA